UCUCUUCAACUGGACACCGUGCGCUUAAAAUACGAAGUCUCCGGUCUCUCUGAGUCCUCACACAAAGACAGCGAGGACAUACGAAUGCCACCGCAGAGGGCUCAUGUUACAGACAACACCACUGCACGUCUACCCGCGAGAAAACCCUCUCCUCCCGCAUCUAGUUCCUGCGGCCAGCAAGCAAAGCGCGCCCGAGUGGAAAACAUCAUCAAAGGUAUGAGCGGCUCUCCAGGUGUGCGCUGCGCAGACCAGGAGCAAGACGGCAUGCGGGAAAACGAGAGGAUUGCCUCUGGCGGCCAGGUGACGGGUGAGCAGCCGGAGAAUCAGCACCUCAGACAGCUCAGAACCAGGCUAAGCCGCGUGGGAGAGCGCCCCGCGGGGACCCAUCCUCCCGAGCCAUCGGUUACAGGUUCACCAGGUGAGUUCCGCAGCAGCUCGGGUCGAACGCACCAAGGCUGGAAGGAGGUGAAGCUGGUGAACUACUUUCAGUCGCAGCCCGAGAGGAUAAAACUGAUGGCGGACGUGUUGAAGUACGAACUGAGCCGAGCGGUCAGCCGGAGCGUGGACUCGAUUUUUCAAAGCGCGCCACUUCCGCAGACUUCUGCGAACGAGGAGAGGGGAGGCGACACCGGCGAGGCCGACGCGUCCCUUCGGCCACCAGUCGGUAAAGAUGAGAUGCAACAGGUGCCGGAUGUGCAAACCGAGCCCCUGUCUCUGGUCGUGCAAAAGCCCCCGCGUGGCCCCGAGCCGCCGGUCCCCAUCGGCGGCGGCGGCCACCACUCGGCUCUGCGUAAAGCUCAGCCGCCGGGUGAGUCCCUCGGGUGCACGUGGGAGGCAGGCCGCGAAGGGACUCGAGCAAAGUGCGAGACGUACGACGCGCGUUGGAGGUCGGUCAAAGUAAGGUCGAAGGUCAACUCCAGAAGCCCCGAGAGGCGCGGCGCUGUGUCGGCGGGUCACGUGCUGCUGGAAAGCCCGAAAGCUCACGUCAAGAUGGAGUGCGAUGGUCUGGGGAAGAACAACCUGCACGUGCUCAAUGAAGGUCUGACUACGAACCAUCUGAAGAAAGCAAAGCACAUGUUCUUCUACACCCGUUACCCGAGCUCACUGGUACUGAAGACGUGUUUCUAUGAUGUGCAGUUCACACGUUGCAUCACCUCCCAGCUCAUCAAGUGGUUCAGCAACUUCCGGGAGUUCUACUACAUCCAGAUGGAGAAGUUCGCCCGGCACGCUCUCGCCGCGGUGGCCGACGUGAGGAGUCUGACUGUGGGGAGAGAAUCGGAACUGUUCAGAGCUCUCAACGUGCACUACAACAAAACCAACGACUUCCAGGUCCCUGACAGGUUCUUGGAGGUUGCAGAGAUCACAUUGAGGGAAUUUUACGUUGCCAUUUCAAUGGGAAAAGAUCGUGAUCCUUCUUGGAAGAAGCCAAUCUACAAAGUGAUCUGUAAACUGGACAGCGACGUGGCUGCUGAAUUCAAAAGUCAUCCGUCAGGAUGAGACCCGAGCAGACGCCCUCGUGGUUACCGUCGCAGGGAGGACUUGCUCCUGCUUUGAAGGGCAAACCAUCUGGUUUCUAACGAAGCCCAGGACAUAUUGGGAAAUAGAACGGCGGCCACAUCCAACAUCCACACACACGGCAGACUGAAGUCUGAGUUUAUCGAAUCAUCAGCAGGUCGUUUGACAGCAUUUUUAUUUUGCUAUAUCAACCAUAUCAUAUAGCAGUAGCAGUUUGUAUUGUAAUGAAUGUGAAACUAUUUAAUCUGCGAUCAUCUUCAACACAUUUUCUUUUUUUUUUGAGAAGCAAGUUUCUUGAUCAAGCAGGAAAAAAAAGGGUCGACACGACACCAGAAGAAAAACGCUUUAAUAUUUAACA